AUGAGCUUCAAGUAUUCCAUCAUUCUCCCAACUUAUAAUGAGAAGGAAAAUUUGCCUAUCUGCAUCUACUUAAUCAAUAAAUACUUGACGGAUGUGAAGUACGAGGUUGUUAUUGUGGAUGACAACAGUCCAGACGGAACUGCAGAUAUUGCUAAAAAUUUGCAAAGAGAAUAUGGAGAGGAUAAAAUAAUUUUACACCAACGUCCAGGCAAACUUGGUCUGGGAACAGCUUACGCCGCAGGCUUGAAAUAUGCUACUGGAGACUUUAUAAUUCUCAUGGAUGCCGAUCUUUCCCACCAUCCCAAAUUCAUUAAGGAAAUGAUAGCUCUGCAGAAAGAAAAUCAGUUGGAUAUUGUCACAGGAACUCGCUAUGCUUUAGGAGGAGGAGUUUCUGGUUGGAACUUCACUCGUAAGCUUAUCAGUAAAGGAGCCAACUUCUUAGCACAGUUCCUGCUCAAUCCCGGUGUUUCUGAUUUGACUGGAUCUUUCCGGCUCUAUCGUAAAGAGCAUUUAAGCAAAUUGAUUGAGCUGAGUGUUAGUAAAGGAUAUGUUUUCCAGAUGGAAAUGAUGUUCCGUGCGCGCAAAGCUGGAAUGAAAAUUGGAGAGGUUCCUAUAACGUUUGUGGAUCGUUUCUUCGGAGAAUCCAAACUAGGAAGUAACGAAAUAGUUGAUUAUGUUAAAGGCCUGCUCUACCUCUUCACGAGUGUUCACUAA